UAGUCUAAGACUUUUAUUUGUAAAAGCAGACCGGAUGUUGAUGCGUCGACGCUCAAUGACGUCGCCCACCGUUCACGGUCGCAACUGACGCGUCUGUUGGUGUUUUGUACAUUGACGAGCGUCCUCCGUCAACGAACAUGCUGUCUUACAUCAUCGGCCUGAUUCGAGGCGGCUUUGAUGGCAUCGUCAACCUCAUCUUCAGACUCUUCUUCUCCAAGAGGAAACCUGCCAUCACCCUCCAGGACCCCAGCGUCAAGUACGCGCUGCGGCUGAUAGACAAGCAGAUCGUGAGUCAUGACACCAGGAGGUUCCGCUUCGCGCUGCCUUCUGCUGCUCACGUCCUCGGUCUCCCCAUAGGGCAGCACAUCUACCUGUCUGCUCGGAUCGAUGGGAACCUGGUCGUGCGUCCCUACACGCCAGUGUCCAGCGACGAUGACAAAGGCUAUGUGGACCUGGUUGUGAAGAUUUACUUUAAAGGCGUUAACCCAAAGUUUCCUGAGGGCGGGAAGAUGAGUCAGUACUUGGAGAGCCUCAAGAUCAACGACACCAUUGACUUCAGAGGACCCAGCGGUCUGCUGGUCUACAAGGGGAAAGGUGUGUUUGCCAUUCAGCCUGACAAAAAGUCUCCAGCUGUGACCCAGACAGUCAGACACGUUGGCAUGAUUGCUGGAGGAACAGGAAUCACUCCCAUGUUGCAGGUGAUCACAGCGAUGAUGAAGGAUCCACAGGACCGCACUGUGUGUCACCUGUUGUUUGCCAACCAGACUGAGAAAGACAUCCUGCUGCGUCCGGAGCUGGAGGAGAUUCAGGUCAACAACCCAGACCGGUUCCAUCUGUGGUUCACCCUGGACCGUGCGCCUACAGACUGGGAGUACAGCCAAGGCUUCAUCAGUGAAGAUAUGGUCAGAGAGCACCUGCCUCCUCCCAGCGAUGACACGCUCAUCGUCAUGUGCGGGCCGCCACCGAUGAUCCAGUUCGCCUGCAACCCCAACCUGGAUAAAGUGGGUCACUCCAGCAGCCACAGGUUCACCUUCUAGAUGUUUAGGGUGGCGUCGCUAUGUAUUCUGUAUUUAUCCUGCAGCAGCUUUAUGGACCAAUUCCUUGAAAGGGAUGAAGAGUGUUUAGCAUUUGACGUGUGAGAAGGUGAUAAAAGCCUGCUGCCGUGGCCUCGUUUGGUCUCCGUGUCAGACGUAACAUUUACUGGCUGUUUUCUGAGUGCCUUAACGCUGCACAGCUUCUGUUAAUAUGUAACCAAAGUCACUACGAAGAUUCAUUUAUAUUCAUUGAUUGUUGUAGCGGAUACAUGUGCUGUUGAAAACAAGGCUAUGAAUAUGUGGGUAACUGGAGUCAGACUGUUAUUGCCAAAAAGAAAAAAUAUAGACCCACUGAAUGGGACAAGAAGUUACAAAUGAAACAAUCAAUGAGGUGAGUGGACAGUUGUAACAGUCUGACAUGUGUCAUGUACCACAUAUAAAGGAAAAGACAUAGAAACACUGCUUCAAUAAAUAUCUGAUCUCGUC